AUGGAUAAAAGAAAUAAAAAGUGGUGGACAUUUCCUAGAUGGAGUGAUGAAUUUGAGCACGGAGUUGAUGAAUACAUUGAAAACACUUUUGCAUCGAAGUCUCACGGAGAUGAAAUUUAUUGUCCAUGUGUAAUGUGUCUCUACCUUUAUUGGCAUCCUAGAAUUGUUAUUAAACAACAUGUAAUUUGCAACGGGUUUGCUCCUAGAACAGACAUACUGUCAGAAGCAUGGACAGAUAACAAACGAGAAAAUGUGAUAGUUGACAAUAAUGUAUCUUUGGACCCGAAUGAUGACAUAGAGGGGUUGUUGAAAGAUACUUCAAGAGAGGGUCCAAAUGAAGAUGCAAAGAAAUUUUUAAAGCUUGUUGAAGAAGGCCAGCAAGAGUUGUACACGGGCUGUAAAAAGUUUACCAGACUUGCCUUUACAAUUCGUCUGUUUGUUUAUAAGUGCGAUUUUAAGCUCACCAAUGUCGCAUUUAGUGCUUUGUUAGAACUAUUUAAGGAUGCUCUACCUGAUGAUGCAAAGCUGCCUUCUUUUAAUGAAGCAAAGAAAUCUUUAAAAGUUUUAGGGCUAGACUAUACUAAGAUUGAUGCAUGCCCUAAUGAUUGUAUGUUGUAUUGGGAGGAAAAUGAAAAUGCAACAAGCUGUCAUGUUUGUGGUACCCCAAGGUGGAAAUCAAAUGAUAUGGAGAAUGUGGAAGGAAAGACUCAUAAAAUUCCUGCAAAAAUUCUAAGGUACUUUCCAAUAAAAAAAAAAAGGUUGCAGAGACUAUUUAUGUGCCAAGAGACUGCCAAGUACAUGACUUGGCAUGUAAAUGGACGUGAAAAAGAUGGGCUUUUACAGCAUCCAGUGGAUGGUCAAGCUUGGAAAGACUUUGACAAGUCGUAUCCAAUGUUCUCUGAAGAGCCUCGUAAUGUGAGGCUAGGGUUAGCCACUGAUGGAUUUAACCCAUUUCACACAAUGAGCAUUGUACAUAGUACAUGGCCAGUGAUUUUGAUAAAUUAUAAUUUGCCUCCAUGGAUGCUCAUGAAGCACGAGUAUUUGAUGCUGGCAUUACUUAUUCCUGGCCCUUUAUCUCCUUGCAAUGAUAUUGAUAUUUAUCUACAACCAUUGAUAAAAGAUCUUAAAGAUUUGUGGGAAUUUGGGCUGGAGUCAUAUGAUGCUUCAACUAAUGAAAGAUUUGACAUGCGAGCAGCUUUAGUGUCUACCAUUUCUGAUUUUCCAGGUUAUGCAAUGUUGUCCGGUUGGAGCCAAGGGAAAAUGGCAUGUCCAUGUUGUCAUUAUGACACAAAUUCAAAAUGGUUAGAUCAUAGUCAUAAGUGGUGCUAUAGGGAUCACCGUCCAUUUCUUGAACUAUCUCACCCUUAG